AAAACUAAACACAAAGAAAACAAUAAUAAAUAUGAAAAUAGUAGCAUCGAAAUGCCAACUGGUUUUUUCAAAAAAAAUUACUAGACAAACAUUGAGCCCAUGUUUUUUUAUUUCGUUGUAUUGUUUCGUUUUAUCUGUUUCUUUGUUUGGUACUUUAACCCAAAUUAAAACCAAAUAAGAAACACUUGCACACGGCCGCAACGUCGCAGAGUAUGUCAGACAUGAGCCGGCAACUGAGGUUCAGCAUCCAGCACCCAGCAUCCAUAGAGGCAUGCCCCUCCGAUCUUGUGGAGAUUAAUUUGAAUGGCGAUCGAACGUACGCCAAGCAGCAAUCAGCGCAGGCGCUAGACGAGCUGCUGCAAUCUAGAACAGCAAACACAUUGCCCGCGCAUCGUGGCUAUCCCUAUGGCUAUGGGGACACAGAUGAUGAGACGGACUUUUACUUUUGUAAGAAAUCCAAUUCAACUGGCCAACUGGCCGAGAAAGUAUCGCCGCCGCCCCCCUCUGCCACCAAUAUUAGCUGCUUGAGGCAAAUGUACUGUCCAGAGUGCAAUGAGCGACUGCAUGAGCAGGGCGUGCGACUGGAACGUUUACUCACCAUGUGCUGUUUUGCUUUACUGCCCGUCUAUCCGUGCUGCAUGCGUCGGUCCAAGGACGAGUGCAAGGUGAUUUGUGGCAAGUGUGGCUACCUGCUGGGUGCCUGGAAGCGUUAGAGACGCACUCAUCUAUUUUUUUUAUUUUUAAGUUUACUUUCGUUUAGUUAAAUUUUUUCUUGUAUAACUUUUUAUAGUCUUAAGCACCAAUUGACCCUGCAUACC